AUGCAAGACACCAAAAAUGGACAAACAAGGCAAGUUCUUUAUCUUCAAGCAAGCAAUAUUUCUAAUACUUAUCUGAUAGUUUCUCAUCACAGGAAGCCUUGGUAUCAGAGAGCACUGGAGGCCAUAAACAUUUGGAAACCUGCAGCAAAAAGUACUGAAGGAAUGGAUAAUUCAUGCAAGAGAAAGCUAAGGAAGUGCAGCUCCUUGAAAUGGGCAUUUUCCUUCACUCGAGUUUGUCUUUGUUCUCCUAUUUCUGCACACAAUGAGGUCUUCUGGGCCAGCGUGCCUCCGCGAAGAAGCACCAGUAAUUUGGCAAGAUCAAGGUCUUUUGAUGAACAAAUUUAUAGGAUUCAAAGCAGUAGAACUUCGGUUGAAGGCCGGAGAGUUUUCAGAGGGAAGUCACUUACAGAAGAUGUGUUGAUGAGAAGGUUUGUUGUGGAAGAGGCAACGAUGCAGAUUAGGAGGAGAAAUCAGAUGGAGUUUGUGAGGAGAAAGAAUUCUCUUAGGAGGAAGAAGAUUGGACCAAGUCCUCUUAGUAGGAUGGUAAUGGCAGGGCAAGAAGAUUGA